UUUUUUAGCUGCAUUUUUCUUGCUUUUAAUUUCUUUUUCUUCUUCUUCUUUUUUUUUUUUUUAUUAACAACAAAAGACUUUUCUUUCUGCAAUUUUCUUGUUUAUUUUGAUUCUCAGCCAUUAUUUCUUAUUUUAUUUAUUUAUUUAUUUUGUUGUCAUGAUCACCACCUUUACAAAAGAACCCUUCUUUAUUGGCUAAGUUGUUCGUAUAUUAGCUUCUGGGGUCUAAUUAUAUAAGAUUCCAAAAAAGUUGCUUCAUACAUGUGCUUAUGUGUUUAAUGUAUCUUACAUUAUUAUACUAUAAUUAUUCCUUUCUUCAUACCAAAUAAAAAUCUCUCCUUUUCAUUUUUAUUUUUAUGUAUAUUCCAUAAAUUGGUCACAGGGGUCUGAAUAGGUGUAUUUUAUUAAAUCCUCUGUUUUCUCUAGAACCUGGGGCCUGAAUAUAUGGCUUUUUCUUUGGUGUUUAAUGGAGGAGAAUAAAGGGUCUCCUCCUUUCAAACCCAGGUAAUUUUUUUUAAAAAAAAAAUAAUUGAAUUUUCUUUAAUAUUUUAUCCAAAAUCAUCUCAAUUGUUAAAAAAAAAAAAAGAAUACUGAUGUUGUGCUGGGAAAAGUGAGACCUUAAACAUCUAUGAUUUUGUUACAUCGGAGAAUGCAAUUCAAUAUUUGACAACCCUUUAUUAGUAAAGCUUAUAUCUUUAGCUUUUUUUUCUUUGAGUUUCAUUAUAAUUCAAAGGAUUGUUUUUGUUUUGAAGAAAUGAUGAUUGUUUUGGAUAAAAGAUGCAAACUUUGAUCUGGGUUUUCGUUGGAAUUAAGAGAAAAGAAUUUCUGAAGAAGUGGGUUGUAGAUUGAAAAAAAAAAAAAAUCUGAGAAAGGAAAGAGAUUGUUCAUCAAUGGCGGAAGAACCAGUUGGGGAGCAGCAACAGUCUCAGCCUCAGACAGUUCAACCAAGUUUGCCCAGAAAGAAAAUGACCAAGCAAUUGACCGGAAAACGUGAUGACAGUCCGUUGCAUUCGGCUGCGAGAGCUGGAAACAUUGUUGCCGCCAGAGAAAUCCUCACCGGCACCGGAGGAGGAACAGAAUUGAAGCAGCUUCUGGCUAAGCAAAACCAUUCCGGCGAAACCGCCUUAUAUGUUGCGGCUGAGUAUGGAUAUGUUGAUUUGGUGAGAGAAAUGAUUCAGUACUAUGAUCUUUCUGAUGCUGGAAUCAAAGCCAGGAAUGGUUUUGAUGCUUUCCACAUUGCUGCCAAGCAAGGAGAUUUAGAUGUUUUGACAGUACUAAUGGAGGCAUAUCCAGAACUAGCAAUGACUGUUGAUAUAUCCAACACAACGGCUCUUCACACAGCUGCAACACAAGGUCAUACAGAGAUAGUGAAUCUGUUGUUAGAAACCGGAAGCAGCCUCGCCACCAUUGCCAGAAGUAAUGGUAAAACCGCCCUUCAUUCUGCUGCGCGAAAUGGGCAUUUGGAUGUUGUUAAAGAGCUUCUUAGAGCUGAGCCUGGUUUGGCUACUCGUACAGAUAAAAAGGGACAAACAGCUCUUCAUAUGGCUGUGAAAGGUCAGAAGCUUGAGGUUGUGGAAGAACUUGUAAAAGCAGAUCCUUUGUCUGUUAACAUAGUGGAUAACAAGGGUAACACUGCUUUGCAUAUAGCUACUCGAAAGGGUAGAAUUCAGAUAGUUAGGAUGCUACUCGGGCACAACGAUACCGACAAGAAAGCAGUAAAUAAGACGGGCGAAACAGCCAUUGACACGGCGGAGAAGACAGGGAACAACGACGUCAAGCUAAUUCUACAAGAGCACGGCGUGCAGAGUGCGAAAAACAUGAAGCCUCAGGGAACAAGCACAGCCAGAGAGCUAAAACAAACAGUGAGUGACAUCAAACAUGAAGUACAUGACCAAUUAGAGCAUACACGGCAGACAAGAAGGCGAGUUCAAGGCAUAGCCAAAAGACUCAAUAAGAUGCACGCCGAGGGACUCAACAACGCUAUUAACUCGACAACUGUGGUGGCAGUCCUCAUUGCAACCGUCGCCUUUGCAGCCAUCUUCACUGUCCCUGGCCAAUAUGUGGAUGACCCGAAAAACAUUCCUCUUGGAUUCACUCUUGGGGAGGCCAACAUUGCCUCAAAAGCUCCAUUCUUGAUCUUCUUUGUGUUCGAUUCGAUUGCCCUUUUUAUUUCACUGGCUGUAGUUGUGGUACAAACCUCUGUUGUGGUGAUUGAGAGCAAGGCCAAGAAACAGAUGAUGGCUGUGAUCAACAAGCUGAUGUGGUUGGCUUGUGUGCUUGUUUCGGUUGCUUUUUUGGCCUUGUCUUUCGUAGUUGUGGGGAAAAAUCAGAAGUGGUUGGCCAUUGGAGUGACCAUAAUAGGGACAACUAUAAUGGCUACUACACUUGGUACCAUGUGUUAUUGGGUUAUAAGGCAUCGAAUUGAGGACUCUAAUAUGAGAAGUAUUAGAAGAUCAUCAAUGGGAAGCAGGUCAAGGUCAUGUUCAUUGUCUGUAAUGUCUGAUUCUGAGAUUUUGAACAGUGAAUAUAAGAAAAUGUAUGCCAUUUGAUCAC